UAUACGUUUCGAGCGCGUUUUUCGGGCAAUACUCUGGCCCAAUCAACAAUGAUAAUCGAUCUUCAGCAUAGUCGGAUUAAGCAAGCUGAUUGCCCACGAAGGAUUAGCAGAACAUCAAACUUGCACUUUUGCUCCAAGACAGCAUGGAGGGAAUGUGCUGGAUUAAUUAUAUCGUCAGACCGCUUCGUCGCCGCUGAUAGACUUAAUGAUGUCGCUUAUAUUGCAAUUGACUUAGGUUUGUGCUGCCAAUUUUUUAGGUAUGUCCGAUCCUAUGUUGAGUCUGUAGGGAGUUGCAUGCGCAAAAACGGGACUACUUUGUCAAUUUGCCUAGGGGUAGGUGCUGGAAACUUGAUUGCUUCCACGAACGCGGCUACUCAUUGUGCUAAUUAG